AUGACGGCUCUUCUUAGCGCCGCCCGCCUGCCGGGGGAGGUGCGCUUUCCUGCAGAGUGGUUUGCCUUGGCUCCCGAAACCACUGCCGCACCACAAGGCCCAGCAACUGGGAGUAUGACAGGCACCACUGGGGUAGCCCCAGGCACAGCUGUUGGCCCUGGCACCUCCAACACAGGUAUAGUCUCCGGACGAACUGCGCCCCCUGAAAUUUAUAUCACGGAGGCCACAACUUCCAUUGGAGGAGGCGGGACCACGCAAGCAGGACUUCCAGGAGGGACCACGAGGCUUUCACCCGGAGCCAGCAGCGGCUCACAGAGUUCCAAGCCAGGCACCUCUGUCGCACCGGGGAGUCCAGCGACUGGAAGUGCAACAGGUGCUACACGGGGACACUCUGGGACAACCAUUCGACCUGGGAGUUCCCGCACUGAGGCCACGACGUUCACGGGAGGUAGCGGCGCCCCUGGAACUGGACCCAGACCCGGUGAGAAAGGGUCCUUGCCGUGUGGGGUUUGCCGUUAA